AUGCCGAACUCGGGGCCCGGCAGGGCGCGCGGCUCGGAAUGCCUCGGGGGAUGCGAGAUCGCGGGCGAGGGUUCAUUUGACGUCUUGGCGACGCUGUGCCUCCAGAGCGGAGAAACAGCAGUGAUGGGGCGUAUCCAUCGGUCGUUGAACGUAGGUGCGAUCCGAUCGGCGCUGCCCCUCGCGGAGCCGCUGGCGGCCCACGCGGUGCCCGGUGGGCACGCACCGCCAACCCCGAGACACAGCAGCGGCCCCGUGCUGGCGGGCGACUGGCCGCUCUCCCGGGACCACCCCACGAGCGAAGAGCCGAGGCCGCCCCCACGGCUCGCCCCGCCGGGCGCACCGCAGCAGCCAGCACCGCAGGCGGCGGAGCGGCACGAGGAGGGCACGCAGCAGCGCGAGCGGCUCCGGCUCACGCACAAGCCGGACCACUGGCAGCAUCUCAGCCCUGCACCGCCAAGCACCAGUGCCCUUGAGGGCGCCAGGGCGGCGGCGAACAAAAAGAAGCCCUGCGCGCAGAUGUGCGAUGGCUACAGUGUUGGCCGAUCCCCGCUCUCCGCCGUGUUCGGGAUGCUGGAGUCCGCGUCGGGGGGACCACUCCAGGCCCGCCGCUGCCCAAUGCGCGUCGUCCUGGCCUGGAGGGCCGGGCGGCUCCUGGCCGCCGUGCCGCGCGGGGGGCUGGUGCCCGAGCGGCUGCGGCCGCCGGAGCCCGACGGCUGCGGGCCGGCCACGAGGCUGGUGGUCUGGGCGUCGCUGCGGACAGCGUGUGGUGGUCCGGGUGAUGCAGCGGUGCUCCGGAUUUCGUCAAUCAACCGCUUCACCGUGGUCGGCCUUGGCAGUGUUGCUUCCCUGUCGUCCUUCGUGGCAGACUCGAGCGGGGAGCAGGCUGGCGAUGCCGCGCAGGUUCUCUCGCUUGUCCUGCAGGUUCGCCACGAGUCUGCACCUUGGGGUGACGGUGAGCUGGACUCUGUUGCGGGGGCGGAGCGGCAGAUCACGGAGGUGGCAGCUCAUAACGAUCCAAUCGGCGUUGGCAUAUCAGAUGCCAACCGCUGGAGGCGCUCAGGCAGCGACGAGGCCGACAAGGAGUACUGCGACGGCGGUACUGCAUUCGACCUGAUCCACAAUCAGGACAUCGUCGUGAUGUCUUGGGUCCAGAGAUGGAAGAUGGCCAUGGACGUGGCCCAGGCGCGACCCGGUCCCCGCGCAGGCUUCCAGGGGCACAGCAAAGGCUGCCCCGCGGCGCGGCUGGCCGCGUGCUGCUGCUGCGGGGCCCGCGGGGCCGCCGCGGGGCCCCCCGCGGGCCUGCUGCCCUGCGCCCGCGCCCCGGCGGCCUGCGUGGAGGCCCUCGGCCUGGAGCCGCUGCGGGAGCUCGGCAGGUGGGCCGACGACGGAGCGCCGAGGGCCGCGGCGCCGCCGGACGUCGAGGGGAGCCAUCGGCGCACGCAUCCGGACGGGCUCUCCGAGCCGCUCCCCGACCUGGGCUCGCGGCUGGAGCUCGCCGCGUUCGCGCUGUUCCGGGACCUCGGCCUCGCGCUCUUCGCGCUCGUGCUCGACCUCGCCGUGCUCUGCCAGGCGGCAGACCCGCGCUGCGCCGAGACGGCGGGGCUCCUCCAGCAGGUGGGCGGCCUGCGGGAGGCCCUGGAGGCGCGCAUGGUGGCGCUGGCGGCGGAGUACUCCGCGCAGGCGGGCGUGCGCUCCGCCGUGCUCCGCGCGGGCCGCAACGUGCGGUCGGAGCUGGAGGGCGCCGCGCACGGCCUGGGCGGAGCCCCCGACGCGCAGGCGGCCUUCGACUGGGUGGCGGAGCUGACGCUGGCGACGGGCCGGCACGCUCGCGCGCUGGCGGCGCAACUCGGCCUGCACGCCUGGGUGCGGACGCUGGCGGUGCCAGGGCGGGGGGCGCCCGUGUUCGUGCUCCACGACGAGCACGGGUCGGUGCAGGAGAUGGUCCGGGCGCUCGUCGCGCGGGUUCUGCUCGGGGGGCCGGCCUCUCUCGUGGGCGUGGGCCUCGGGGCGGCAGUCGACCCGGCGCCCCUGCUCGAAGAGUUCCCGGGCCUGCAGUACUUCGGCAUCCUCGGGGACGGCGCGGGCGCCGAGGCCGACGUGCCCGGCAUGCCCUCGCAAGAGGUGGGCCGCCUGACGAAGUUUGGCGCCCGAGCGGCUCUGCACCGCGUUUCCUCGGGGGCGGCGGCUGCUGCGUCGCCUCCGCGGGCCCUGGACGUCGUCGUCCUGGCCGCGGGCGACAACUUCGAGAGCACCGCCGAGGAUCUGGAGCUGUGGGAGGCACGGGUGAAGCCCGGCGGCAUCCUGGCCGGGGUCAACUUCGGCCCGCGUGCGCUUGGGGGUGUGCGUGCAGUUUGCGAACGGCGGCACAGCUACGACAUCCACCUCAGUCCUGGAGGCGGUUUCUGGUGGUACGUCGAGCCAGACGAAUGAGCCUGCACCAAAAACUAAUCAGCCAACGCUGGUGGCCACGGUAGUGAUGAUGACGGUGACCACACUUGUUUGAUUGCGAUAUUGUUUGUGGCUGCUGUAGUGGUGAUGAUAAGGGCGUUGGUAUCCACGGCAUCGACAGCAGGAUCCAUAAUUGUGUUCGUGAGCGGGCCAUUGGAUCAAGCUUGAGCGCCCUGUCCGAUCAUAUUGAUUCCAUCGGACGGCGUCUCCCAAUAUGUUGGGCACGGUGGGCACGUCGGUACGGAGGUGCUUCGCCUGAAACUGCAACCAAAGCAUUCUCACCCACCCGCC